GCGGAGCCGGGCCGGGGGCUCAGCGGGGUCCGGGGACUGGGGGCGGCGAGCAGGGCGGUUCCAUGGCCGGGCCCCCCUGAAGCAGUCCGGGGGAGUCCCCUCCCCUCCCCAGCUUGGGGCUCUCCGGGCCUCAUGAGCCGGGGCGCGGGCGCGCUUCAGCGCCGGACAACGACCUACCUCAUCUCGCUGACCCUGGUCAAGCUCGAGUCGGUCCCUCCGCCGCCACCUUCUCCGUCUGCAGCCGCGGCCGGCGCCCUAGGGGCCAGAGGCACAGAGCCUGGGGAUCCGGGCAGUCCCCGCGGCGCGGAGGAGCCGGGCAAGAAGCGGCACGAGCGCCUCUUCCACCGGCAGGAUGCGCUGUGGAUCAGCACGAGCAGCGCGGGUGCUGGGGGCGCGGAGCCCCCAGCCCUGUCCCCAGCUCCGGCCAGCCCAGCCCGCCCCGUGUCCCCCGCUCCCGGCCGCCGCCUGUCCCUCUGGGCCGCCCCUCCCGGACCCCCGCUCUCAGGGGGGCUGAGCCCGGACCCCAAGCCUGGGGGCGCCCCCACCUCUUCCCGGCGCCCUCUACUAAGCAGCCCAAGCUGGGGGGGCCCGGAGCCCGAAGGCCGGCUAGGCGGCGGUGUCCCCGGCUCAUCUUCCCCGCACCCUGGCACUGGCAGCCGGAGGCUCAAGGUGGCGCCUCCUCCGCCGGCUCCCAAGCCUUGCAAGACCGUGACCACGAGUGGAGCCAAAGCCGGCGGGGGCAAGGGCGCGGGCAGCCGCCUGUCGUGGCCCGAAAGCGAGGGCAAGCCCAGGGUCAAGGGGUCAAAGAGCAGCGCCGGAACUGGAGCUUCUGCCGCCACGGCCGCCGCCGCCGCCGGGCCAGGGGGCGCUGCAGCCACGACCUCUGGUGGGGUCGGGGCUGGGGCUGGAGCCCGAGGGAAGCUGUCCCCUCGGAAAGGCAAGAGUAAGACCUUGGACAACAGUGACUUGCACCCAGGACCGCCUGCUGGCUCUCCUCCUCCACUAACCAUCCCAGCCACCCCGGGUCCAGCCGCUGCUGUCGCCGCCGCCUCCGCGCAGCCCCCGGGGCCUGCACCACCAAUCACUCUGGAGCCUCCAGCUCCGGGUCUCAAACGGGGCCGGGAGGGGGGCCGAGCAUCCACUCGUGACCGCAAGAUGCUCAAGUUUAUCAGCGGUAUCUUCACCAAGAGCACAGGGGGGCCGCCUGGCUCCGGGCCCCCUUCCGGACCCUCAGGCCUGUCUUCUGGCAGCGGGUCCAGGGAGCUGCUGGGCGCAGAGCUCCGCGCCUCCCCUAAGGCCGUGGUCAAUAGCCAGGAAUGGACUUUGAGCCGCUCCAUUCCUGAACUGCGCCUGGGUGUUUUGGGUGACACCAGGAGUGGGAAGUCAUCACUCAUCCACCGGUUCCUGACUGGCUCCUACCAGGUGCUGGAGAAGUCCGAGAGUGAGCAGUACAAGAAAGAGAUGUUGGUGGAGGGGCAGACUCAUCUGGUGCUGAUCCGAGAGGAAGCUGGGGCCCCUGAUGCCAAGUUCUCAGGCUGGGCAGAUGCUGUGAUCUUCGUCUUCAGCCUGGAGGAUGAGAACAGUUUCCAGGCUGUGAGCCAUCUUCAUGGGCAGCUGAGCUCCCUUCGGGGGGAAGGGCGAGGAGGCUUGGCCCUGGCACUGGUGGGGACACAAGACAGAAUCAGUGCUUCCUCCCCUCGGGUAGUGGGCGAUGCUCGUGCCAGGGCUCUGUGUGCAGACAUGAAACGCUGCAGCUACUAUGAGACUUGUGCAACCUAUGGGCUCAAUGUGGAUCGGGUCUUCCAGGAGGUGGCCCAGAAGGUGGUGACCUUGCGCAAACAGCAACAGCUUCUGGCUGCCUGCAAGUCCCUGCCCAGCUCUCCAAGCCACUCAGCUGCCUCCACCCCUGUAGCUGGGCAGGCUAGUAAUGGGGGCCACACUAGCGACUACUCUUCUUCCCUUCCAUCCUCCCCCAACGUUGGUCAUCGGGAGCUCCGAGCUGAGGUGGCUGCAGUGGCUGGAUUGAGCACCCCAGGGUCCCUGCACCGGGCAGCCAAACGCAGGACCAGCCUCUUUGCGAAUCGUCGGGGUAGUGACUCUGAGAAGCGAAGCUUGGAUAGUCGGGGGGAGACAACAGGGAGUGGGCGAGCCAUCCCUAUCAAACAGAGCUUCCUACUAAAACGAAGUGGCAAUUCCUUGAACAAGGAAUGGAAGAAGAAAUAUGUGACCCUCUCCAGUAAUGGUUUCCUACUGUACCACCCCAGCAUUAAUGAUUACAUCCAUAGUACCCAUGGCAAGGAGAUGGACUUGCUACGAACAACAGUCAAAGUCCCAGGCAAGAGGCCCCCAAGAGCCAUUUCUGCCUUUGGCCCUUCAGCCAGCAUCAAUGGGCUGGUCAAGGACAUGAGCACGGUCCAGAUGGGUGAAGGCCCUGAAGCCACUAUUCCCACACCAAGCCCCAGUCCCAGCCCCAGUUCCUUGCAGCCACCACCAGACCAGACAUCGAAGCACCUGCUGAAGCCAGACAGGAAUUUGGCUCGAGCCCUCAGCACUGACUGUACCCCAUCUGGAGACCUGAGCCCCCUGAGUCGGGAACCUCCUCCUUCUCCCAUGGUGAAGAAGCAGAGGAGAAAAAAAUUAACGACACCAUCUAAGACUGAAGGUGCAGCUGUGCAGGCUGAAGCCAAGCGCAAAAUGUGGAAACUAAAAUCCUUUGGUAGUUUAAGAAAUAUUUAUAAAGCAGAGGAAAACUUUGAGUUCCUGAUCGUAUCCAGCACUGGUCAGACAUGGCACUUUGAGGCAGCCAGCUUCGAGGAGCGGGAUGCCUGGGUCCAGGCCAUCGAGAGUCAGAUCCUAGCUAGUCUGCAGUGCUGUGAGAGCAGCAAGGUCAAGCUGCGUACAGAUAGCCAGAGUGAAGCCGUGGCCAUCCAGGCGAUCCGGAACGCCAAGGGAAACUCUAUCUGCGUGGACUGCGGGGCCCCCAACCCAACGUGGGCCAGCUUGAACCUGGGCGCACUCAUCUGCAUCGAGUGUUCUGGCAUCCACCGGAAUCUGGGCACACACCUGUCCCGCGUUCGCUCACUCGACUUGGACGACUGGCCGAGGGAGCUGACCCUGGUGCUGACGGCCAUUGGCAACGACAUGGCCAACCGCGUGUGGGAGAGUGACACUCGGGGCCGCCCCAAGCCCACGAAGGACUCUUCCAGGGAGGAGCGGGAAUCGUGGAUUCGCGCCAAGUACGAGCAGCUGCUAUUCCUGGCGCCGCUGGGCACUACGGAGGAGCCCUUGGGUCGCCAGCUGUGGGCCGCCGUGCAGGCCCAGGACGUGGCCGCUGUGCUCCUGCUCCUGGCCCACGCGCGACACGGGCCGCUCGACACCAGCGGGGAAGACCCGCAACUCCGCUCCCCACUCCACCUGGCGGCCGAGCUGGCCCACGUCGUCAUCACGCAGCUACUGUUGUGGUAUGGAGCAGAUGUGGCGGCCCGCGACGCACAGGGCCGCACGGCGCUGUUCUACGCGCGCCAGGCUGGAAGCCAGCUGUGUGCCGACAUCCUCCUCCAGCACGGCUGCCCGGGCGAGGGCGGCAGCGCUGCCACCACACCCAGCGCAGCCACCACGCCCAGCAUCACUGCCACGCCCAGCCCACGCCGCCGGAGCAGCGCCGCCAGUGUGGGUCGCGCCGACGCCCCGGUCGCGCUGGUAUAGUUGCCCAGCAGCGGGAGAGACACCCCCACCCCGCGCGGGCCGGGCACGACCACAUGGGUGGACCGCCGGACAGAUGCACUCACUCACUUCUCCGAUGCGCACCCCGCCCCACGGGAGCACUUCCUACCCUCACGCGAGCACAGACCCCACGCCUCCCCCGAAGACACAAACUCACCUCCCUCUCCCCAACGAGGCACGGAGAUCCCGUUCGAAACGCCCCCUCUCCACUGUUUCCACACUCGGACUGCUCUGGGUCUACCGCCCGGUAUUUGCAGAAGGGACGCCCCCGCCUUGGUACGGGCUCCUUGGCUCAUGGACUUGCCCGCUCGCGCCCCUAGAGGCGGGAAAAAGACCCAGUCCUGCCUUUGCUCGACUGUCGCACGGCGGGAGCCCAAACCCAGGCUGGCUCCUGGGGCGACGCCACGCCAGAGGGAGGGGUUGGUAUGUGGAGGGCUAGCCCUUGUACUUGGGGCCAGUACGGGGACCCCCACCCCUUCCACGCUGAUCUCACUGCCCAAUGAAGGGGUGAAGGGCAGCAAGGGGCAGGACCCCUGCUGCCCAUGGAGGUGGGGGGCAACACUAACCCUUUCCGUGAAAGGGGCGAAGAGUAGUGGAAAUCAGGAGGCUCCCCUACACCUACCCAUGGAUGGAAGCUAAAGGACCAGGGGGAGCCAAGAGCCUGGGUCCCUCCUCUACAAUCUCGGGAGAGGGAGGGAUGAAGCAAGAGCAGGCUAAAGGGGUUGGGAAGGGCCUUGUAAUUUAUUGCUUUGUUCCCCAACAUGGGGGUGGGGUGGGCAGGGCGUGGGGAGGGUGUUUUGGGAUAGGGGAAGCCAAGGGUGGGCAGGGGGUGGGGUGGGGUGGGGGUGCUCUCGGGUUGUGUCUGUGCCUGUGACUGCGUACCUGUGACUGUGCAGCGCCCGUGGUGAUCUGGGGUAGGGGGCACCCCUACAAUGGGACCCCUCCCCCAUUAUUUCUUUCUGUCCAGCCCCUCCCUCCCACUGGAGCAGCUCCAGACCCUUCCUGCAACCUCAUGCUCCCUCCAGCCCGUGCUGAGAGGGUGUGCAGUGGCUGUGUUUUCCAGGCCCCGUUUCCCAAAAGGGGGUGGUGGGGUGGACUUACCUGGCCUAGCUGUGCCUCCCUCAACCAACCCAGCCCUUGGGCUGUCUGUGUCAGUGGUUUCCGGUCUCCCCCCCUCUAAAAUAUUUUACAAAAGACCAGGUAAUUGGGGAGGGAAGUAGGGUAGGGCAGGGGGGAUGCCCCCUCAUUUCCUCAGAGGCAGGUGGUGUGAAUCUUCAACAGCAAUUAAAGAGGAAGUGAUUUUGUCUAGGAGAUGAGCCGCUGGUCUGUUCUUGAAGAGGCAGGUCAGUGAAUGGCCUUGGUCGAGGUGGGAAUUGGAGGUGCCCAUGGGCAUGGUGGUGAUUCCAUCUUGUACAAGAGUCCUGAGUUCAUAUGAUGGACAUAGAUGGACAGGUGGGAGCAUAUAUGAGGAUCCUGGGAGCAGAGAAGUCUACUCCGGUUCUGGGAGUAGGGUGUGGUAUUUAAAGGAGUGGAAACACCUGUGGGGCCAGGGUGAGAUGAGGUCACUCUGGUUAAGAACAGAAACAUCUGAUUUUGAAACCUGGCCCUCUACUCCCUAGCUAGAGACCUUGGGCACUUGCCCUCAGUGGCAUCUGUUUACUUAUAAUCCCCACAUUAUCUGCUUAGAGGGUAUCUGGUAGGUGCUCCAGCCCCAGGGAGGGUUGCUCUAAGCCAGUUUACUCCCUUUGAGCACCAGGUACCAGAAAAGAGGUAACUACAGUAGAGUUCCUUCCUUUGGGCCUGGUUGGGUGCUGAGUAGGGUAGGGGUGGACGAUCUCCCAGAGAACCUUCUCAGCUGGCUGCAGGUCCCUGAUGUUCACAAGCUCUAUGCCAGCUCAUCUCUUUGUCAUCACCCUGAUCAGAGUGGCCGAGCUGCCGCACUGCUUGGGAACAUAGCCAGUCCCAUUUCUUGGGUGCAGCUGAAAGUGUCUGGACUGAUAGAGGAGCUGGGCAGGGUGGGGUUGGAGUAGCCAGUGCAGGCUGGGCACAAGCAUCAAAUGUUGUCAUCCACCUUGAUGAAUCAGCUGGAGGCACCAACAACUUUUCGUAGACUUGGUUCCAACCCUUGGUAACGCCGAGCCCCAAGCCAUUAAGCUGCAGGUGUGACAAUAAGCUGACAAAAAGUACUGGCUACAGCACCAGGAUGAGGUGCAAUGCACACAGAGGCUGCUGCUUUGCACAGCCUGGGACUGGGCACCCAGAAGAGCAGCAUGACCCAGGGGGAGGUGGAUUCAAGUGUGCGGGUGCAGCGACAGAUGCAGGUGUGUGAUCUGGGCAAAGUGAGAGGAAGAGAGGGAAUACUAGGAGGACCUGACUGGAGGACCUGGCUCUUUGUCCUUCAGCUCAGACUCUGGAUUCCCUCACUUCAUCUCCACCCUCUUUCCUCUUGACAAAAGCUGGCUCUCUUCCUUAGAAGCUCCAAAUCUGAGUGUGGGGAGGAAACAUGGACACUGUUGUGAAUGAAGUCACCUGUGAAGGGAACCAGGCCAGUGGGAAGUUCCUUUAAUCCCUAGCCAGCAAACAACAACAAAACAAACAAAAUGGUCAAAUUCUACUGCCAAGUAAUCCACGUGAUCCUAUUUUAAAUAGGCUGCAUCUUUGGUCUUGUAGGAGAUGGAAGGGGUGACAGAACAUUAGGCCCUCCAGGUUACAUCAGGACUCUAGAAGGGGAGUCUCUGGGGGUAAAGGAGAGCUACUACCCCUUUAUAUCCAUGCCAGCCCCCCAGCAUGCCUUGGGUUUCCUUGCUGAGGUUCCUGUUGCCAUCCCUUGGCCCUUGCGCUACCCCCUCCUGGUUGCCAUCUGCCACACACCCUUUUCCCCUCCUUUUGUUUGCCUUAGUACAGCUAGAGUAGACUGACCUACAUGGGCGUUUUGCCAAAAGCCAAAGGAAAAUAAAAAGGAAUUUAUUAUCAAAAGUACAAAAUGAAAAAAAAAAA